UGGAGGGCGGCCCCUUAGCAACUGGUACCUCCGCAGCCGAAGCUCAACGCGCUGCGCCCCACCUCCAUCCCAUCCCACUUAUGCCCCUGACCCUUCUGCCCAGUGGCGGCUGGACAUCAAGACAGAGAAAAAACCAGGCCUUAACCUAGUUGCGGAUUGGGCCGGCCUACGGUGGCCAGGUGGGAAGAUGAAGCAGUCCUUGGUAGAUGACACAGAGGAUGUGUCUCUUGAUUUUGGAAAUGAAGAGGAAUUGGAAUUGAGGAAAGCCAAAAUCAGGCAUCCACUGGCCACCUUUUUCCACCUCUUUUUCCGAGUGAGUGCUAUCAUUACCUACUUGUUCUGUGACUGGUUCAGCAAAAGCUUUGUUGCCUGUUUUGUCACUAUUCUACUUCUUCUGUCCUUUGACUUUUGGUCUGUCAAGAAUGUGACAGGAAGACUCAUGGUUGGCUUACGCUGGUGGAACCAGAUAGAUGAAGAUGGAAAAAGUCAUUGGAUUUUUGAAGCCAAAAAGGUCUCUUUAAAUAAUUCAACUGGAACAGAAGCUGAGGCUAGAAUCUUCUGGCUUGGUCUAAUUAUCUGUCCAUUGAUCUGGACUGUAUUCUUCUUUAGCACCUUAUUCUCCCUGAAGCUCAAAUGGCUCGCACUUGUGAUUGCUGGAAUCUCCCUCCAAACUGCUAAUCUCUAUGGAUAUAUCCACUGUAAAAUAGGAGGACAAAAAAGUAUUACUAAAGUCACAUCGAGGUUUCUAUCCCAGACAGUAUUUCAAAGAGAGUGUCAAGAUGAAUUUCAGAAGCCUGGUCUAGAGAGAAUGGAAAUACACAAACAUUAAAUGAGAAGCAGAGGCUCAUUACCUCCAGAAUAAUGUUCUACCAGUAACCUAGCAUUUGUGAUCCACUAUGUCAUUUGGCUCCUUUUCAACCUUCCUGGUCUUAAUGUAUCUUGAACAAGCUAUGCAUACUUCUUGACUUGGGUCCCAUCUAAUCCACAUCUUCCCACCCCACUGAAGCUUUUCUUGGCUGCUGCCAUUAUGCUGUCCUCAUAUGAAUUUGUAACUCUUAAAAUAAGUAUCUCUUACAUGGUACUUACAUGCCACCUUUUGACUUCUUGCUAGCGUAAAGGAAAAAUGCUAGACUACGAUGACUGGUUCCAUUCUGAACUAAAUUACUUACUAUUUAUUAUUAUAUCAAGUAAGCUUCCCUUUUAGCAAAAUGGAGAUAAUAUAUGUUAUGCUUCUCAGUGUCAUGAGAGUCAAAUGAGAAUAUAUGUAAAAGCACUUUAUUUAAAACUUCUACACAAAUAAAAGCAAAACAGUGUUAUUGUCCAAACCAGACA